ACAUAGUUUUAGAGGCCGCAAAUAAAAAAUCCAAAAAGAAAGAAAAAAAAAAAAAAACGAAAAACCCAUAUGAAGUAUAGUGAAAUAUCCCACUUUAGCCAUUCCCAACACACAUUAAGAUUUGAGUACUCAGAAUUUCCAUUCAAAUGCGAUGGGUGCAAAGAAGUAGGGAUAGGGUCAAGAUACAAGUGCUCAAAAUGUGAUUUUGAUCUACACAUGCAUUGUGCAAUACCUUCUCCUUCAAUUUUUCAUCCAUUUUACACUAAAUGCUCCUUUCAGUUCCUGUCACGACCUCCAGGUGAUAAACCUCGUUACUGUAAUGCUUGCGAGAGAGACAUUAGUGGGUUUCUUUACCAUUGUAAAGAUUGUGGAUUUGAUUUACACCCAUGUUGUGCAAAAUUGCCUACGGUUCUUGAUGAUGGAGAAACUAAGCUGUAUUUGUACAGGAAAGUGAGUGCAACUUGUCACAAAUGUGGGCGUAAAGGGAGAAGUUGGAGUUACAGGUCUUCAUGCAAGAAAUAUAAUCUGCAUGUGGCUUGUGUUAAGGACAUGUUAGUGGAAAAUUGGGCUGGUCUCUAUUACGGUAAUAGCAGUGUUCCUAAUGGCUACGGUGGUAGUAAGAAAGUGGAAAUUAAUAGACUUCCAAGCUUGAAAAAUGUACUUCAAACCCCUCACCGUAAGAAGAAAGGUAAGGUGCAGAAAUGCUGUGAGAUGGCUGGACUGGCCGUGCAAUUUGUCAUCUCCGCCGUGCUCGGUGAUCCGACAGCUAUUAUUGCUGGGGUUAUUGGAACUUUUAUUUCAAGAGGGUGAUGAUCAAUACAAGAUUGAUAGGGAAUAAUGGAAUAUUUGGUUAGAUUUUUUUUUUUUUUUAAAUUUGAAAUUAGUUUAUAUAUGUGUUUGAAGAAAAUGUUGGGAGUCUUUGGCAAUAGGGAUAAAGGUGUCUACGUGCCUUUAAUGUGAAUAAAUUCUACUCCACUUUGUGCUUUUAAAA